AUGUUUUAUGCUUGUUUGGCGACUUUGAUUUGUCUCAUUGUUGGCGUCACGGGUAUCGUCCUCAGCCUUAUCGAUAUUGAGAGAUUCAAUUUCGGACUUUAUUUGGCGUUGUUAUCGGUGGUCGGCUCAACAGUUUCGAUCGCUUUCUGGAUCAUUUCACCGACGAUUUGUGGAAAUCCCCGUUGUGUACAAGGAGUUGUUGAUAGAUACGGCUACAAACUUGAUCCGAUUCGGAACUUCACGCGACGACAUUUCGGACAAACGAGAGAAAGUCGUCGAAAAAAGCUGGCCCGGCGUCGGAAACCGAGCGAAUACGACCCACCAGAGCCAGUACUCGAGAAGCGCUACCGAAAGAAGAGAUCAAAAAGGAGUAGACAAGGGACAGCCGAUGAUUCGGCUAUUGUUGCUUCCCUGCUCUCCCAGGAUCGAACAGGACUCAACGACUCUGAAGAGGGUCUACAAACCUCUUCCAGUGGAUAUCAUUCGCCGAAUCAGACGGUGACAAGACCGAGCGACGGGGAUGUCGAACCACCGCCAAAAUUCAUCGAGAGGAUUGUCGAUGAGACCGUGCAACAGGAGAUGCCGAUACUUCGCCCGCCGGAGCAAUCAAAAAUCGCCCAAUCCAGAUCGUAUUCGGCUAUUCUGAACCUGGGAAAUGAUUUCUCAAGGUCUCGGAGUGAUUUCACGUUUCGAAGUGACCCAGAUAAACCCAGUGAUUCGACUGACUUUUUUAGUAGG